CUCUUUCUCCUUAGGCCUAUCCUUUUGUUUCUCAGGUGCCAUGAGGAAGCCUCGCAGAAAGUCACGGCAGAAGGCCGAGGGCCGGCGUUCCCCGUCCCCCUAUAGUCUCAAGUGCUCACCUACCCGGGAGACCCUGACAUACGCCCAAGCUCAACGAAUUGUUGAGGUGGAUAUUGAUGGACGUCUGCAUCGUAUCAGCAUCUAUGAUCCUCUCAAGAUCAUUACCGAGGAUGAGCUGACUGCCCAGGACAUCACUGAAUGCAAUAGUAACAAGGAAAACAGUGAGCAGCCUCAGUUCCCUGGCAAGUCCAAGAAACCCUCAUCCAAGGGCAAAAAGAAGGAGUCCUGCUCCAAGCAUGCAUCUGGCUCUACCUUCCAUCUCCCACAGCCCAGUUUCCGCGUGGUGGACUCAGGCAGUCAGCCAGAAGCACCCCCGCUGCCCGCUGCCUAUUACCGAUACAUUGAGAAGCCACCUGAAGACCUGGAUGCAGAGGUAGAAUAUGACAUGGAUGAGGAGGACCUUGCUUGGCUGGAUAUGGUGAAUGAGAAGCGGCGAGUAGAUGGGCACAGUUUGGUGUCAGCAGAUACCUUCGAGCUACUGGUGGACCGGCUUGAGAAGGAGUCAUACUUGGAGAGUCGCAGCAGUGGAGCCCAACAAUCACUCAUUGAUGAAGAUGCCUUCUGCUGCGUGUGCCUGGAUGAUGAAUGCCAUAAUAGUAAUGUCAUUCUCUUCUGUGACAUCUGCAACUUGGCUGUACACCAGGAGUGCUACGGUGUCCCCUACAUCCCUGAGGGCCAGUGGUUGUGCCGCUGCUGCCUGCAGUCUCCCUCUCGGCCUGUGGAUUGUGUCCUCUGUCCCAAUAAGGGUGGCGCCUUCAAACAGACCAGUGAUGGACACUGGGCCCACGUGGUGUGUGCCAUUUGGAUCCCUGAAGUCUGCUUUGCUAACACCGUGUUUCUGGAGCCUAUCGAGGGCAUUGACAAUAUCCCACCUGCCCGCUGGAAACUAACCUGCUAUAUCUGCAAGCAGAAGGGGCUAGGUGCAGCCAUUCAGUGCCAUAAGGUUAACUGCUACACAGCUUUCCAUGUGACAUGUGCACAGCGAGCUGGGCUCUUCAUGAAGAUUGAGCCUAUGCGUGAAACUAGCCUCAAUGGCACCAUCUUCACAGUGCGUAAGACCGCCUACUGUGAGGCCCACUCACCGCCAGGUGCUGCCACUGCUAGAAGGAAGGGUGACUCCCCCAGAAGCCUCAGUGAGGCUGGGGAUGAGGAAGGUCUGAAGGAUGGUGGGGAGGAGGAAGAAGAGGAAGAAAUGGAAGAGGAGGAGCAAGAAGGCCAGGGUGGGGUGGGUGGGCCCCUUAAGGGAAUGCCCAAGAAGAACAAAACAAGUUUGAAGCAAAAAAUCAAGAAGGAGCCAGAGGAAGCAGGCCGAGACACACCAUCCACUGUUCCCAUCGUCACUGUCCCACAGAUACCUUCUUACAGGUUGAACAAGAUUUGUAGUGGUCUCUCCUUUCAAAGGAAAAACCAGUUCAUGCAGCGGCUUCACAACUACUGGCUGUUGAAGCGUCAGGCACGGAAUGGUGUCCCUCUCAUCCGGCGCCUGCAUUCCCAUUUGCAGUCCCAAAGAAACGCUGAGCAGCGUGAGCAGGAUGAGAAGACAAGCGCAGUAAAGGAAGAGCUGAAAUACUGGCAGAAGCUCCGGCAUGACUUGGAGCGGGCACGGCUGUUAAUUGAACUGAUUCGGAAGAGAGAAAAGCUCAAGCGGGAACAGGUUAAAGUCCAACAGGCUGCCAUGGAGCUAGAGCUGAUGCCAUUCAAUGUUUUGUUGAGGACAACACUCGAUCUGCUGCAGGAGAAGGAUCCCGCACACAUAUUUGCCGAACCUGUCAACCUGAGUGAGGUUCCAGAUUACCUGGAAUUCAUAUCCAAGCCAAUGGAUUUUUCUACUAUGAGGCGGAAGCUGGAGUCCCACCUGUACUGCACCUUGGAGGAGUUUGAGGAGGACUUUAACCUUAUAGUUACCAACUGCAUGAAGUAUAAUGCUAAAGACACAAUUUUCCACCGAGCAGCUGUCCGCCUGCGGGACCUGGGAGGGGCCAUCCUGCGGCAUGCCCGGCGGCAGGCAGAGAACAUCGGCUAUGACCCCGAGAGGGGCACCCACCUGCCCGAAUCACCAAAAUUGAAGGAUUUUUACCGCUUCUCCUGGGAAGACGUGGACAACAUCCUCAUCCCUGAGAACCGGGCCCAUUUGUCCCCAGAAGUGCAGCUGAAGGAGCUGCUGGAGAAACUGGACCUGGUGAGUGCCAUGCGGUCUAGUGGGGCCCGCAGGCGCCGUGUCCGCCUACUGCGCCGAGAGAUAAACGCCCUUCGGCAGAAGCUGGCACAGCCUCCACCACCACAGCCACCAUCACUGAACAAAACAGUGUCUAAUGGGGAGCUGCCAGCAGGGCCCCAGGGGGAUGCAGCUGUGCUGGAGCAGGCCCUACAGGAGGAGCCAGAAGAUGAUGGGGACAGAGAUGACUCCAAACUGCCUCCCCCACCAACCCUAGAGCCCACUGGGCCUGCACCUUCCUUGUCUGAGCAAGAAUCCCCCCCAGAUCCUCCCACCCUGAAACCCAUCAAUGAUAGCAAACCUCCAAGCCGGAUCCUAAAGCCCAAAAAGAUGGAAGAAGAUGAGCUCUUGGAAAAAUCUCCUUUGCAGCUAGGGAGCGAGCCUUUGCAACGCCUACUCAAUGACAAUGGCAUCAAUAGAUUGUCCCUCUUGGCUCCUGACAACCCUGCUGGUACCCCACUUAGUGGAGUGGGCCGCCGCACAUCAGUUCUCUUCAAGAAGGCCAAGAAUGGGGUUAAGCUACAGAGGAGCCCAGACAGGGCCCUGGAAAAUGGUGAGGACCAUGGUGUGACAAGCCCUCCUGCCUCUCCAGUCAGCAUCGAGGAUGAGCACCACUCCCGGAAGCGACCAAGAAGCAGGAGCUGUAGUGAGAGUGAAGGGGAGAGGUCCCCCCAGCAAGAGGAAGAGACAGGUGUGACCAACGGCUUUGGAAAACACACUGAAAGCGGGUCUGACUCGGAAUGUAGUUUGAGUCUCAGUGGUGGACUGGCAUUUGAAGCUUGCAGUGGUCUUACACCCCCCAAACGCAGCCGCGGGAAACCAGCCCUGUCUCGAGUACCCUUCCUGGAAGGUGUGAAUGGAGACUCUGACUACAAUGGCGCAGGCAGAAGCCUCCUGAUGCCCUUUGAAGACCGCGGAGACCUGGAGCCCCUGGAGCUGGUGUGGGCCAAGUGCCGAGGCUAUCCCUCCUACCCUGCCUUGAUCAUCGAUCCCAAGAUGCCCCGGGAGGGCCUCCUUCACAAUGGUGUCCCCAUCCCUGUCCCCCCGCUGGACGUGCUGAAACUGGGAGAGCAGAAACAGGCAGAGGCUGGAGAGAAGCUCUUCCUUGUCCUCUUCUUUGACAACAAGCGCACCUGGCAGUGGCUUCCGAGGGACAAAGUACUACCCUUGGGUGUGGAAGACACCGUGGACAAGCUCAAGAUGCUGGAAGGCCGCAAGACUAGCAUCCGCAAGUCAGUGCAAGUGGCCUACGACCGUGCCAUGAUCCACCUGAGCCGAGUCCGGGGACCCCACUCCUUUGUCACUUCCAGCUACCUGUAAAGGCAAGGUCGGGCCCGCAUCGCCUGCUCUGCCUCCGUCCCAUGGGGCACAGAGAAUCUUCUCUGCCCCAGCUAGAUGAAUGGCUGGCAGCUUCCUCCUCUCAUGGCAGGCCAGGGACUGGGCUAUGUUCCCAUCAAGGGCAAGACCCCAGUUUUGACCAAUCUUGUGGCUCCUCUUGUGGGCCUGCUGUGUGCCAAAACCCCCACCCAAGGUCCCUCAGGGGAUAGUCCACUAAAGAAACAUUUAGAAGUAGAAACAGCUGUGGGACUGGGCCCGGCAGAGGAGAUGGACCUGGCCCAGAAGGCAAGAGGUCCUAGCUCCUUUUUGAGGGUCUGCCUAGCCCCCUCCAUCCCACCCCCAGCUAACUACACCUCAGGUGGGUGGAGCUCCUGACACAGAUCCCAGAGACGCUCCAGCUAUGCCAGGGCUGUGGGGAGUCAGCGAGCUUGCUUUCUCCCUCUGCCCACUUCCAUCCCACCUCCCUGUCCCAUCUUUUACACCCAGGCCCAGUUUCUGCCUUUUUUCCAUGAUCCUUUCCUUACUUCUCUUGUGCCAAACUGACAGAAACCAUCAUGGUCUUUUUCUUUAAUGUCUCAUUCCUCUUGAGGCCAGCUGCUAUGUUAGGUGGGUGUCUCUGCCAGGCUCCUCAUGGCCCAGGCAGAGACCACCACUUGGAAACCUCUCCACCAGCACUCCCCCUACACACACCUCCACAGACCUUCACUUCUGCUGUCUAGACAGCAGAGGCCCAGUUGUGCAAAUGGGUCCCUGGAUUGAGGCUGGACCCCUCCUGCCCUCUCCCUGUGUUGCAGCGAAGCGAGCUGAGGCUAGGGGGGUCGGCUCCUGUCAGGCUAAACUGGUAUGUAAGUGCCCAUCUGUCUGCCUGUAUGUUGAGGGGAGCUAUGUUCUUCAGCUGGGCCUGCCCCUUCCUACUCCUGCCCUCUCCCUGUGGGCUCUUUCCUGCAACUGCAGCCUUAAGCCUCACUCUACCCCACAGUGGCCGGUAUGACACCUGAUGUCCAGCAUCUUCCUGGCCCACGUGCUGCCCUGCCAGCCUCUGCUGCUCGCCCCCAACCCCAGGGAAUGCAACACUUUCAAACCCUCUGUCUCUUUCCCCCUUUGAUUCCUUUCCCACCUUCACCUUCUCAAAAAUGGAAGGGAAGAAAAAAAACUGUGAAUGGGGAAUGCUGACUUAAACCAACACAACUUUCAGAGGCUUCAGUGUCUCUUCUCUGGACAUUUCUUUUCACCUCCUAAGCACCAAAGUUGCAGGGCCAGGUUGCAGGCCACUGAUCGCCAUGUUGAUUUUAACCUGAUGUUCUUUUUAAUUGUUUUAAAUUUUUCAUAGGGGAGUUUUGGACAAAACAAAGUCACUGGGGAGAUCACUGCCAUUUUUACACACUCGACUUUUUAAAAAUACAACCAACAAACCACCACAACUUCUUACACAUUUGGGACAUGAGCCAGAGUUUAAAAGGGAACCAACAAAACUCUCUAACAUAAAGGAUGGGGUUUUGGAUUUUGUACAAUAAUAAAAACACAGUACAGCAUAUGGCUAGGGAAG